AAUUUUUUCUACUUAUUUCUGAGUUAAACAAAAUAAUCUAAAAGAUGGAUCUUGAACAAAAUUUUGUACUUAAUUUUACAUCGGUUGCUGUCGCAUUUGUGACAACAAUAAUCACUUUUGUCACUGUUGCCCAAAAGUUGAAGAACAGAUGGCCUGUCAAAGUGAAUUGCUGGUUCUGCAAUAAUGACUCAAAAAUUUAUAGACAACAACGUGACUGGUGGCUCUGCUCUUUUUGUGAACAGCAUAAUGGAUUUACUAAGAAUGGGGAUUACAACUUUGAGAUACCUGAACAAUAUAAAAGCCCAGCAAAGAAUUUUGUACGAUACUCAAAGCUAUCUAGUGCAGAACGGUUGGAUGGUAAUAAUGGACUUUGUGUGAAGUGCAACAAAAAUGAAGAGAAGAAAAUGUUGGAGCUGGCAAAUUUUGAACCUUCUAACCACAAUGAAUAUAACUUAGAACUGGAUGUUUUCAAACAACAUUUAGAAGAAAAAUAUAGUUUGUGCCCAAAGUGUUCUAAAUUUGUUGAAGCAGUGCUGAGUAAACAGGCCUCAUGGCUUUUACAGUACAAAAUGGCAUUCUUCAAGAAUAAACCGAUUCAAAACAUAAUCAAUAAUGGAGAAAAGUGGGAACGUAUAUUCCGCAUUUCAUUAAUACUCUUAAAUUCCAUUCUGCUUUAUGACUUUGCGUUCUGGCCACUUCCAAUUGUAGGAAUGCUACUACAGUUAGGUGCGUGUCUGGCAAGCCCGCCUAAUAAACAGGGCCUCGAUAUGGUGGCAGCAUUUUUUUGGGUCUUCAUAAUCCUCCUGUUGCCAUUCAAAGAACUGAAACUAUUGAAAAUUCAUCUACAGAAUGCAUGGUUUGCAAUCGAGUUCGUAACACAACAUCAUGUGAUGGUGGGAUUAACUGUAAUUAUUGGUCUAAUGAAUGUGAGAUUGAGUUCAUUUACCGUUGGAAUGAAGCCGAUUGUAUCUUUGAAGAAACUAGAAUCACCCAAAAAUAAGAAGCUCCAAGCAAUACCGCCCAUUCCGAGAGCAGCAACGAUGGCGUCGUGUAUGGCGGAGAAAGCUAUUGAAAAUGAUAAUCCAAAUAUCAAACACUGCCGAUCACCUGUCAACAUAACAAAUUUGUUAAUGACACCUGUUUCUGUUGAAACACCGAUGCCUAUCAAACCAACAUUAUUUAUGCAAAAUUCUGGGAUGUUUGAUAAGGAUCCUAUGGGAACCAGACUGCCUCUUCCAAACUAUUGCAUGAAACAGAAUCAGAAUCCUUAUAGUUCAAAUAGUUUGUCAUAUCGAUCGUUUGACGAUAAAACAUCUUUAAACGAAAGUCUGAGUACACUGAGCACACUAUCUCUGAGUAAUAGUAAUCGCAAACAGAUAUCAAAGAUUCCGGAAAUAUUUCAAACCAAAGUGUAUGAUAGCGCAAGCCCUGAUUUGUUUACGAAAUUGAACAAAUCACCAAAUAGAAAAUUCGUCCUCAGUCCCCCCAAGCUCAAAUCUGUUACGCAAUCGUCUUGGGUAGCUGGUGGCUACUGGCAGGCAGGUAUGGACGUACCGACAUUAUCUAGAUCAUCUAGCCAAAGCUCUGGUUUCGGUUCGAUUGGUUCUAACUUUGUCCAUUCUAGAGAACCUUCAGUUUACAAUGACUAUGAUCGAUAUUCCGUAGUCUCUGACAUGACACAAUGUUGUCAUAUGUCGAGACAUCUCAGUGCGAAUUCACUAAAUUCUUGCUGUCGCCAAGGGUCUGCAUUUUCAUUUCAAAGACCGGACAGUCCAGUCAAUAGACAGUUUUCAAAAGUUCCUACAAAAACCACGGUAAACCACCAGAGUAUGCCUUUGCUACAAAAUUUGCAUCAAACAGAUCAACAUUCGCGAAGUCAGGUGACUCAGGUCACAAGUAAUAAUAGCGAUAGUAGAGAUGUUCAAGAAAUACCGAGGCAGACAAUUCACACCACAGUCCUAACUAGUCCUAUUUGGUUACCUGUCUUGUUGUGUGGAUCUUUAGUCUUUAAUAUGAUAGUGCUGUGCACUACACUUCUACGUUGAACUGGAUAACUGUUCAAAGUAGACUAAUAUUUGAUUGAAUUCAUUGUUUUUAAUCUAGAUAAUUGCAGAGUUUAGAUAGACCGAUUAUUCAUCCAUGUCUUAUUCAUUUUAGUUUUUGAGCAAUUCAAUUUGAAUCAACGAGUUGAUGUGUAUUUACUUUCAUUUAAGCGUGAUCUAACUGCGAUUAAUUUAAAUUUCUCGCUGAAUAACUGCCACUCUUUAGGGAAUAUUUUGAAAUUAUGGAGAAAAUUUUUGCAAUUAUUUGCGAAAACUUAAGUUUGUUGGAGUCAUUGAUUAUUAUACUGACUCUAAGAAUUGAGAAAUAUUUUAAUUUGAUUUAGGAAAGCGGCAGCUGAGCUAGUUUUGAGCGAAUGCCAAUUCGGAUUUGUGUCAUGUCAUGAAAUAUGUGAUAACGUUGGGGUAACGUCGAUAUUGUUUUAAGUCCGGAUAGUUAUUCAUAGAUAGAGAAAAUUGAACAUAAUUUUCAGUAACUUGCUCAAGCAUGUGUUUGCCGCUAAUAUAACUAAGAGAACAUGAUAAAAUUUUCAAACUUUAUUUGUUAUAUAAUUUCGUUUAUGAAACUAGAAUAAGUAAUAUUUGUUGUUAGUUAAAACCGUUCUCUUUAUUAUGCAAAAGCAAAAUGUAUUCAACAAUACUGCUAGUAUCAAGUAAAACAUGUAUUUUUUA